CUCCUUCGCUCACACCACCGGCUUAACUCUUUCUUCAUCUCUCUUUAUCUCCAAAUUGAACUCAGCCAUUCCUCUAACACAGUACUACUGCUGGUCUCCAUAUAUUGCAGUAAUAUUAUCUUCUAAACUUUGUGCCAUGGGUAACGCAGACUACGUUUACCCUUCUAAGGAAAAUGCCCACCAUGUCGCGGUUCCACCACCACAACCAUUUUUCAAGUCGUUAAAGUAUAAUCUCAAGGAGACGUUCUUUCCUGACGAUCCAUUGCGGCAGUUCAAGAACCAGCCAACUUUUAAGAAAUUCAUUUUAGGCCUUCAGUAUCUUCUGCCCAUUUUUGAAUGGGCUCCUCGUUACAGUUUUCAGUUCUUGAAAGCAGAUGUAAUCGCCGGGAUCACUAUUGCCAGUCUCGCAAUCCCUCAAGGGAUCAGUUACGCCAAACUGGCUAACUUGCCACCAAUUCUUGGCCUGUAUUCUAGCUUUAUUCCGCCAUUGGUGUAUGCAAUGUUGGGGAGUUCAAAAGAUUUGGCCGUAGGGACGGUUGCUGUUGCCUCACUUCUCAUAUCAUCGAUGCUGGGUAAAGAAGUUAAUGCUACUGAGAACCCGCAACUUUAUCUUCACCUUGCUUUUACCGCAACGUUCUUUGCCGGAGUUUUUCAAGCUUCCUUAGGAUUGUUAAGGCUAGGGUUCAUAGUGGAUUUCUUAUCACAUGCAACGAUAGUAGGUUUCAUGGGAGGAGCAGCAACAGUGGUGUGCCUGCAACAGCUGAAAGGGAUCCUUGGGCUUCAUCACUUCACCCAUUCCACUGAUAUUAUCUCUGUUAUGCGUUCCAUCUUCACCCAAACUAAUAAGUGGAGAUGGGAAAGUACCGUGUUGGGCUGUUGUUUCCUCUUCUUCCUCCUCACCACCAGAUACUUUAGCAAGAAGAAACCCAAGUUCUUUUGGAUAUCAGCAAUGGCGCCAUUGACAUCAGUCAUUCUUGGAAGCAUUCUCGUUUAUCUUACCCAUGCCGAGAGGCACGGCGUUGAAGUGAUAGGACAACUGAAGAAGGGGUUGAAUCCACCGUCUGUGGCGGAUCUGGUUUUAGAGUCGCCUCAUCUCACUGCAGCUAUCAAAACUGGCAUCAUCACUGGCGUCAUAGCUCUGGCUGAAGGAAUUGCCGUGGGGAGAAGCUUUGCAAUGUUCAAGAAUUAUCACAUUGAUGGAAACAAAGAGAUGAUAGCUUUUGGUUUGAUGAACAUUGCCGGUUCUUGCACUUCUUGCUAUCUCACAACAGGACCAUUUUCGCGGACAGCCGUAAAUUUCAAUGCAGGAUGCAAAACAGGAAUGUCCAACGUUGUUAUGGCAGUGGCAGUGAUGAUCACAUUGCUUUUUCUAACACCAUUGUUCCAUUACACGCCCCUUGUCGUUCUCUCUGCAAUUAUAAUGGCUGCAAUGCUUGGCCUCAUCGACUAUGAGGCUGCCAUCCAUCUCUGGAAAGUUGAUAAAUUUGAUUUCCUCGUGUGCAUGGGCGCAUAUAUUGGUGUUGUGUUUGUUAACAUUGAGGUUGGUUUAGUGGUUGCGGUGUCGUUUUCUUUGUUAAGGGUGCUUCUGUUUGUGGCGAGACCAAGGACAAUUCUUCUUGGUAACAUUCCAAAUUCUGAGAUAUACAGAAACAUUGAACAAUACCCUAAUGCAAACUCCAUCCCUGGAAUUCUCAUACUUGAGAUUGAUGCUCCCAUUUACUUCGCCAAUUCGAGCUACUUGAGAGAAAGGAUUUCCAGAUGGGUUGAUGAAGAAGAAGAGAGGUUGAGAUCUUCUGGAGAGUUCACCCUACAAUAUGUAAUUCUGAAUAUGGGAGGUGUUGGUAACAUUGACACUAGUGGGAUAAGCAUGUUGGCGGAGAUUAAGAACGUUUUUGAAAGAAGGGCGCUCAAGCUUGUAUUGGCGAAUCCUGGAGCUGAGGUGACGAAGAAGCUUGACAAGUCGAAAUUCAUGGAGAAUAUAGGGCAAGAAUGGAUAUAUUUGACAGUGGGAGAAGCAGUUGAGGCAUGCAAUUUUAUGCUUCAUACAUACAAACCAGAUCCCAAGAAAGAAGAAUCAGAGCCAUGGAAUAAUGUCUAAAUUAAAGUUAUAAAUAUUUAUAUAUGUAUUUGGGAAGAUGAUGCAAGAACUUCCAUCCAGCAAAGUUUGAAGCAAUUAUAAUAACCAAUUGUUGAAGAUGAUGAGACGCUACAAUUGAUGCUGAAUUUAGUUGGAGGUGUUUUAUGUGGCCUUCUAACUAUUAAUAAGUCUAAUUACUAGGUCAAAAGAUCGAC